UAAUUUCGAGGGUUGCACUAUCGUCUUUCUGCACGUUUGACCUUCUUGGCUCUCUGUUCGUUGUUUCUGGGUUUGGUCUAGUGUUCUGAGCUUUCUUCUUCUGUUGCUGAGGUGAGGGAAUAGCUUUCAAAAGCAAAGCGUCAAAGAUGGAUGGCAUGGAAGAUUUAGAUGCUUUGUUGGCCGAUCUUCAAGCGACUAAUAAUGCAGCAGUGAAUAGCACAAGAUCGGGAUCCCAUCCAGUUAAUGGAAGAUCGUCUCCCGAUUCGCCACCUCCACCACUGCCUCCACCUCCAUCGUUGGACGCACUAGAACCCCUCGAUUCUUCAACGUCCCAACGAGACGACUUCCCCCCACCUCCUCCAGAUGUUACAACCACUCACUCGAGUUCAAGUUUAGCUAUGAAUCUAUCUGAAUUGGACAAUCUUCUAGAGGACCUCGGCAAACCAGAAUACCCUAGUAGCGAUCCCACAGCAAAGACAAGAGUAAACGAUUCUUAUCCAAGAGGCAGUGAAAAUAGCCAGCGAGCUGUGAUCAAUGGACAAUCAGUGACAAACAAAAGACCAUCAGUCGAUGCCAUGCUUGAUGAACUGGACAGUAUUGCACAGCAAUCAACUAGAAGUGCCACUAGCUCAUCUGUGCAUCAGCCUGUGUAUCAUCAGGCACAAUAUCACCAUGCACAACCAACCAAUGGAUUACAAGGACGGACUGCUUCAAGUGCUACUAAAGAGCUGGAUGAUCUUAUGGCAUCCUUGUCAGAUUUCAAGGUCAAUGUUGGUGGAGUUACAACUAACGAGCCUCCAGCCAGAGGUAGUGGAGAUUAUUCAAAACCUCAGAAAUCCAAAAAAAUUCCAGGUCAAAAUGUUGGCAAAGUAAGUCAUCUGGAUUCCAUGCUAGGAACCCUUCAAACAGACAUGUCCAGACAAGGUGUAAGCACAACUAAGAAAGGUGUGUGUGCUGCCUGCAACAAACCAAUCAUUGGUCAGGUUUGCACUGCACUUGGAAGGACAUGGCAUCCAGAACACUUCACUUGUAUUGCUUGUGAGCUACCUCUUGGGGACAGGAACUUCUUUGAGCGUGAUGGGAAGCCAUACUGUGAGAAGGAUUAUCAUGAUACGUUUGCACCUCGGUGUGCCUACUGCAAUGGGGCUAUUCUGGAUUCGUGUGUGACAGCAUUGGACCAAACCUGGCACCCAGAGCACUUUGUGUGCGCUCAGUGUGGAAAGCCAUUUGGUGAUACAGGAUUCCAUGAACGAGAUGGCAAGCCAUAUUGUCGUCAAGACUAUUAUGCCAUGUUCGCUCCUCGAUGUGCGGGGUGUGGUCAACCCAUCAUGGAUAAUUACAUUUCUGCCCUGAGUGCUCAUUGGCAUGCGGAAUGCUUCGUUUGUUUCGAAUGUCGUCAGCCCUUCCCUGGAGGAAGCUUUUUUGAUCAUGACGGCCGCCCAUACUGUGAAAUGCACUAUCACGCCAAGCGUGGUACGCUUUGUUAUAGCUGUCAAAAGCCAAUCACCGGGCGAUGCAUCACGGCCAUGCAUCGAAAGUUUCACCCAGAGCACUUUGUGUGCGCCUUUUGCUUGAAACAGCUCAACAAGGGCACCUUCAAGGAACAGAAUGACAAGCCGUACUGUCACCCGUGCUUCAUCAAACUUUUUGGUUAAAGAAAUGCGCGAAUCGAUUAAAAGCAAACAAAUAGAUUUAGAACAAAUUCAGAAGUGCGCUUGCAAUACUUGAAUGGGAAAAUUGGACAAAUGUUUCUAUAAAAAAAAUGAAUUUACAUGGAACUUUAAUAGAACUUAUUUUCCACGACAUAUCUGUUUAAUCCCAUAGCCUGAGGCCCGGAGUAUCGAAAUACCCCUAUAGAACACUAUAGAUCUAAGGCAAAUGAAAACAAUCCUGUUUUUCUACACAAAGGCUCCAAUUUUCCAAGUGGAAAGAAAGUUAAAAUGAAAUGAAAUAUGGGAGAUAGGUAGUUAAGAGAAUGGUAAACGUACCGAAGCUUUUUUGUAAUGCGAAGUUUCAAAAUAUAAAAAAAACACACACACACACAGGGAACCGGGGGAAGAAUGCAGAAGAAUCCUAAACGCAAUGCAUCGCGCCUCUGAACUCUGAUUGGUCCAACUUUGUGACGUCGGCCAGGGACGUACUCUUAUUAUUUGUGACUCAGAAGCCCCAUGAAAUAACACCUAGUCUACCAAGAAACUAUCAAAGGAACCUUUCAGUUGUAUGUGUUUCGAUUUAGAAACGGUCAAUCGGACACUCCCAAAUUCUCUAAAUUUGUAAUGAGAUUUCCAGAUCAAGUCGCUGGAAAGGGUUUGGUUUUUAUUGAAGUUCAUCUUGUUAUAAAAUGGAAUAUCUAGAUUUCAGAGAGCGAUAGCAUUUUGCUCAAACGAGAUUGCGUUUCAGGAAACUGCAUCUUUAACAAUAUAGGACUUUGUGAAAUAUUUUUCAAAAAAAAAAAAAAAAUUGAACUUUAUAUGAGACGUUUGAUGGAAUAAAACAUUAACCUACAAUAA